AUGGCGCUCUCUGAUCAACAACAGGCGGAAUUGCAAACGCAUCUCCGACAGUCAAUCGUAGGCUGCAAUGAACGAGGUCUUUACUUUGCCGCGAAAUGGUCUGCAGAGCUCUUAAAUUCAUUUGCCGUGUCGCAUGAUACGUACAAUUAUGAUGGAUCCGAUACAGAAGUUGACGACGACGACGACGAUGCAGACAUCGAGUUGCCAUCGCAGCCGCGCGGCCCGGAUGCACGUGAAUCCAGUCGCGAGGCCAAAGAGGUCUCGAGAUAUCUCUUGGCAAAGUCCUUCUUCGAUUGUCGAGAAUACGACCGAUGCGCUGCGGUGUUUCUGUCUGAACAGGUUGUCCGGAGUGCUCCUUCACAGAAUUUCGCUGGUCCUCAUAAGGUUCCCUUGGGCACCAGCAGGUUUCAGACAUCACCAUCAGCUCGUCGGAAAUCUCCACUAGAUGCUUCAGCGCCAAAGAUUUCAACAGGAAGCAGCAUACAUCGCUUAUCGCCACCCAAGAACCUUAGCCAGAAAGCGCUAUUCUUGUCAUUGUAUGCCAAAUAUCUGUCCGGCGAGAAGAGGAAAACGGAAGACUCCGAAACGAUACUCGGCCCCAAUGAUGGCGCAGCUAGUCCGAAUCCCGAGGUGACGAGCGUCUUGUCAAUACUCGAAGAAUAUUUCGAGAAGCGAGGCGGUUUGGGUGAAAUCAGCAACUCGCAAGGAUGGCUCGACUACCUCUAUGGCGUAGUGCUGAUCAAGUCCAAGUCAGAAACACUUGCUAGACAAUGGCUACUUCGGAGCAUCAACAUCAACCCAUACAACUGGUCUGCAUGGCUCGAGCUGGCAUCUUUGAUAGGAUCCGUCGAUGAGCUACGGCAGAUCGGCGAGCAUCUACCGCGCAAUGUCGUCACAUUCUUCUUCCACAUUUACUGUAGCCAGGAGCUUUUGCAACAAGAGCCCGAGGUGUAUAGCACUCUGGAUCAGAUACAAGCCAUCUUUCCUCGGUCGGCUUUUCUGCAACAGCAAAGAGCACUUCUAUUGUAUUACGCGCGAGAUCAUGACCAGGCAUUACAAGUGUUUGAAGAAUUACUCAAGUCCCAUCCGCAUCGUCUCGAUGGCAUGGAAGUCUUCAGCAACUUGCUCUACGUUAUACCCAAUCGACCCAAGUUGGCGAGUCUUGCUGCCCACGCGAGCGACAUUGACAAAUUCCGGCCCGAGACGAAUUGUAUCCUAGGCAAUUACUACAGUCUUAUAUCCGAGCAUGAAAAAGCCGUCCUUCAUUUCCGGCGUGCUUUGGCUCUCGAUCGGAACUUCCAAGCUGCCUGGACGCUGAUGGGUCACGAGUAUGUCGAGCUGAAGAAUACGCAAGCCGCCAUCGAGUCCUACCGUCGAGCAGUGGACUCCAAUCGCAAGGACUACCGAGCGUGGUACGGUCUCGGCCAAGGCUAUGAAAUGCUCGAGUGCUAUAGCUACAGUCUCUUCUACUACCAACGCGCAGUCGCUCUUUGUCCCAGCGAUCCCAAGAUGUGGGCAGCUGUCGGCAACGCAUACAGUAAAUGCGGGAAAACCACCAACGCCAUCCAAGCUUACAAGCGUGCGCUCGUCGUUGGAAGCCACAUGGACUCCAGUCCGAGCUUUGUCAGCAACAAUCCCGACCCUCUUGCGCGUGCCGUUGGCGGCGCUCUCGAUUCCCAGCUCCUAUAUGACAUUGCUCUCCUGUACGAGCGCGACAGUCAAUGGGAUGAAGCCGCCGCUUUUAUGGAGCUCACGCUCGCUCAAGAGGAAGGUCCGAACGAAGGCGACGAGGGCACUGGUGUCACGCAAAUCACGAGUCGUGCGCGCCUCUGGUUGGCAAGGUGGAGUCAUAGCUGUAGCGAUUGGCAACGAGCGAUGGAAUUGGCCAAUGAGCUGUGUCAGGAUGGCGUCGAGGUGGAGGAGGCGAAGGCAUUGGUCAAGGACGUUCGGGCGCGACUGAACAUCUCCGACGACAAGGAUGAGAGUCUGAUGGAGUGA